UAAUUCCGUGCCGAUGAUUUUUCCAGGAUUUUUUACUUAUUAUAAACGAAACCAGUGCUUAAUCUCCUUGUAUAAAAUCCUUCCCCAGUCAUCAUUUUCUCAUCACUCUUAAAAUUCGUUAUAUCUAAACAAACAAACAUUCAAGAAUUUCAAGCUUUCUUUUCAGAAAUGGCAUCGAGAAAUGUAGCAUCACUUGCCUUUCUCCUCUCCCUCAACCUCCUGUUCUUUACUUUGGUGAGCUCCACCUCCACUUCUUGCCCAAAAGAUACUGUAAAACUUGGUGUAUGUGUCAACUUGUUGAAAGAUUUAUUAAGUGUUACAGUUGGUACCCCGCCAAAAACCCCUUGCUGCAGCCUCAUUGCAGGCCUUGUUGAUCUCGAAGCAGCUGCUUGCCUUUGCACCACAAUUAAAGCUGAUGUCCCCGGCAUCAAAUUGAACCUUCCAAUUCACUUGAGUCUGUUGCUCAACUACUGUGGGAAAAAGGUUCCCCAAGGAUUCAAGUGUUCUUAUUAAAUAUUGCUUCGUUUCAAUUUUGUAUGUUUUAGAUAUGUUUAUUGGCGGAUACGCUGUAAACAUUAAAUUAAUAAUUUUUUGUGUUA